CGACUUGACUCACCUUCAAAAAGCCAACAGCACUCAAAACUCCCUACCCUGCUCCCCAGAACAGCCAGGCCGGACAAUAUGGCGGGCAUUCAAGAUAAUGCAGAGGGAGACCUCACUUCUCUGGUGCUCCACGCGCUCUAUAAGCAGGACAACAUCCUCUCCAGCGAGGCAUUCCCGUCGCAAAAGUCGACCGAUGUUAAGAGCGCAUUAGACAGGCUAGCGUCGAGGUCUAUGGUCACCUACCAGACGAUCGAUAAAGAAGAGGCGGUAUUGGAGCCAGAGGGAGAAGAUAUUGUUACCAAUGGCAGCCAUGAGGCCCGUGUUUUUGAGGCUCUUAAGCAGGCAAUGGAGGGCUUGACUAUCAAAGAGUUGGAGGAGGCGGUGGGAGACAAGAAUACAGUCAAGAUCGGACAGAUGAGAGCUUUCAAGUCGAAAUGGAUCGCAAAAGGAAAGGAGGGGCGUUUUGUCGCAUCUACAGACUCAGUUCAAGACGAGACCAAGCAGCAAUUACAAGUCGUUCAAUUGAUACGUACACACGGUGACCCAAAAAUUCUGGCGGACCUGAAGAAGCGCAAGUUGGUCAAGAUCCAAAAGGUUACCAGCUUCAAGAUUAGCAAGGGCCCCAAGUUCGCGCUCGAAAUAGUCAAGGAGGAGACGGAUUUGACCGCAGACAUGCUCGCAUCGGGCGCAUGGAAAACUGCUGCUUUCAAACCAUACAACUUCAAGGCCUUGGGCGCGGAUCAACAUGCCGGUGCUCUACACCCCCUCAACAAGGUGCGCACCGAGUUCAGGCAGAUCUUCUUCGAAAUGGGCUUCGAGGAGAUGCCAACGGACAAGUUUGUGGAGACUGGUUUCUGGAACUUCGAUGCGCUUUUCGUACCACAGCAACACCCAGCUCGUGAUCUCCAGGAUACCUUCUAUAUCUCGGACCCGAAGCUGGCUGAUAAGCCGCGCGCGGAGUCGGAGGACGACAGGGCUGAUUACGAGAAAUACUGGAAUAACGUCCGAGAGGUUCACCAGCAUGGAAAGUACGGCUCGAUAGGUUACAGAUACCCGUGGUCUGCGGACGAGACUCUGAAGCUGGUGCUCCGCACGCAUACGACAUCUAUUUCGACGCACAUGCUCUACAAGCUUGCGCAAACGAAGGGACCAGAUGGAAGACCCCCACCAGCACGUUACUUCUCUAUCGACCGUGUUUUCCGUAACGAGACCGUCGAUGCGACGCAUUUGGCGGAAUUCCACCAGGUCGAGGGUGUUAUCGCCGAUUACGACCUUACCCUCGGAGGCUUGAUGGAGUUCAUGACCAUCUUCUUCAACAAGAUGGGUAUCACUGACCUUCGAUUCAAGCCGGCAUACAACCCCUACACCGAGCCGAGUUUGGAGAUCUUCAGUUUCCACAAGGGACUGAACAAGCUCGUGGAGAUUGGCAACAGUGGUAUGUUCAGGCCGGAGAUGUUGGAGUCUAUGGGCCUUCCUAAGGACAUGAGGGUUUACGGAUGGGGUCUGAGUUUGGAGAGGCCAACUAUGAUUCGUACAAAGUGUUCGAAUAUUCGUGAGUUGCUGGGACACAAGGUGGAUCUCGGCUUCAUUCAGAGGAGUGAGGCUGUGAGGUUGUCAAAGUAAUCGAGAAAACGAGAUGAUGUGUUCAACGAAUCUUUGGCUGUUGGAAGGGGGGGGGAAAUAAUACCAUCACGAUCAUGAUGAGCUUUGUGGCAAAUGUGAACAUGAGACAUUUGUUGUGAAAUGAUAAAUCAAUAGCCGUCUUAUCAAUAUGAAUGGGGCCAAUGCAUCGAUAUGUCAUGUUUAAUGGAUCGUGAUCUCGAUUAGGUUAAGAUGAGGCAGAGGCUGGGAGACUCUUCCCCGACCAUUACAGGUACAGCUCCACUUGAGCCUAAAUCUUCAAACCCGCCCUAUUAUGAGCCAGUGAAAGACGAGGGAAAAUUGGUAGGCUUCAAUUUUUUAAGCCAGAUGCAGGAACUAAAAAGUAGUUGAAUGAAAUAUAGAAGUGGUAUAAUG